CGUACGUUCAGCUAGGAUUCUUCUUCUUCUUCUUCUUCUUCUUUGUUAGAAAAAACUGAUGAACGUCUGAGCUUCCUUCCAUACGCGCCAAGAUCUUGCUAUGAAUGAGAGCUGAUGUGUGUAACAACCCUGAAAGUCUACUUCACAGCUAUAAAAGCCUGGGCUGGUUUGAUUUCACCUCCGCUGAACGCUGAAAGCACUACCACAUGCACGGCUCUACUCAGUCGUGAUUGUAUCUCGCAUAUGCCGAACUUUUACCCAAAAAAUGAUGUAAUUAACGACGCGGUAUUUGACGAAGAUCACGACGAGAUGGUGGUGGUUAAGGAUAUCGAAAUGUUCUCCAUGUGCGAGCACCACUUAGUACCGUUCUACGGCAAGGUGUCCAUCGGCUACCUUCCCUGCAAGAAGAUAUUAGGACUCAGCAAGCUCGCCAGGAUCGUGGAGAUCUUCAGCAGACGCCUCCAGGUGCAGGAACGACUGACGAAGCAGAUUGCAAUAGCAGUGACCAAGGCAGUGCAGCCGGCGGGAGUCGCCGUGGUCGUCGAAGGAGUGCAUAUGUGUAUGGUGAUGAGGGGCGUGCAGAAGAUCAACAGCAAGACAAUGACCUCGACGAUGCUGGGCGUGUUCCGGGACGACCCGAAGACCCGCGAGGAGUUCCUGAAUCUGGUGCACAGCAAGUAAAACUGAAGACCCGGACCAUGUGCCAUUAUCACCAGGGACCGAGAGAUCACUACUUGAAAACGCGCUGAUCGUCAAUCGCCCCGUCAAUCGCCUCCGUUCAUCCGAUUGCUACCUCGUUGAAAGAACUUCGCCCGAAGAAGCUCGCUGCAGGUCGCCGUCGAAGUUCUACUUCCCUCACCCCUCUCUUUCUUUCUCUCUCGUUCUCACACACAUUUGCUCACUUUCGGUCCAUUCCGCUAAGAAAUUAUUCUCAUCGUCGUAUCGACCUACUCGACGCUCUACCAUCGUGAGUACACCCGGGAGAGUCCGGAAUAAAUUACUAUCCGUGGCCGGGAACGGAUAGUGAGACUUGGUUUAAUGAUGAGAGCGCGCUCGAUUAACGCGAGCGCGCUUAAACUGCUGAUCGAGUGACAAAGACAAUAUCGCGAUCGAUCGUCUGCGCGCGGACGUUCGUGAGCUUCAGCAGGCGCGAACCACACGAGGAGCUCACGAGCGGUCUGUCGCAGCGAGAUGAUGCACGAGCGACGUGCGUUCCGGGACGAAGGAGCAGGGAAUAGACAAGUAGCUGAGACAGCUCACGUGGAAUAGUUUAGUUCGAGAUAUUUAGCGAGUAAACGCGCGAUCAUCGCUGCUGGAUCAGCGAUCAACCCGCCAAGAGGACCACCCACCAUUCACUGUUCCUUCAACCGAGCAAGUUCGUUGCCCACAAGGCUUUACCUGUUUCGAGGUGUUUUAGGAGAAUUUUUCGCCCGAAAGCUCUCUCGGCACAAACCAGCAUAUCAAGGAAUCGACACAUUUCUCAUGACAAUAAAUUACACACACACAUAUAUAUAUUAUAUAUAUAUAUAUAUAUAUAUAUAUAUAUAUAUAUAUAUGUGUGUAUAUAUAUAUAUGUGUGUAUAUAUAUAUAUAUAUA